AUUGUGGCUUCUUAAGAGAGGAAAGUUUGUGGAUAAGACAUUGGGAGACAGAUGGGGAAGCUGAGGUUUGGGUGGGUUUUGGAUUGUCUCUGUAUCUCUCCUGGCUCAAACUCAUCCUGCUUUUGUAUAAAUUCCUUGGACAGUGGAGAUGAUUCUGAGAGAAGCUCACUCAUUCCAAGUAAUGGAAAACAGUUGGUGAAAAUGAGGGAUUUUGUUGGGAAGAAUCAGUCUUUGGCUUUUCACUUGAAGCCUAAGACAGUUGUAUUAAGGGUUUCCAUGCAUUGCAAUGGUUGUGCAAGAAAAGUUGAGAAGCACAUCUCCAAGAUGGAAGGAGUAACCUCUUUUCAAGUAGAUUUGGAAAGCAAGAAGGUAGUGGUGAUAGGUGAUAUUCUUCCAUUUGAAGUGUUGGAGAGUGUUUCAAAAGUCAAAACUGCAGAGCUAUGGACUUCUUUUUGAGCAAGAAAACAGAGCCAUGG